GGCUUAACUUCAAACCAGAAGUUGGGGUAUCUCUGCACUCGGAGAAUGCAGUCUCCCGUCGUGGCCACCAAAUUCCAUUGCACAAAAUCUGCAAUUUGCAGCACUGGCCACUGCAAGAAGAGAACCACCACCUUCCACUUCAAAUUCACACGUUCCUCUACUUUUCGAAUACAAAGAUUCAACUUAGCUUGCCAUAACCGAAACCCAGAGAACCAUUUGGUCUCUCCAUGGUCUUCCGCCAUUUUUCCAAGGGGCAUAAGGAAUUGCACAGAAUGUAUCAAUGUUUCAUGGAGAUGGGUUUCUCAGGUCAUCUCUUUUUACUUGUUCUGUCUAAAUCUUGUCGCUGAUGCUGUGGCAAUUGACUAUCCAUCUCCUUCUUUUGUGUAUGCUUGUGAAGAUGUUAACAAUUACUAUGCCAAUGCGGAUCAUUUAGAGGGUAAAUCACUCAAGAAAAAACUGAAUUCCAUCAUAGCCAGGCACCAAUCUUUAUCCUACAGAGAGGUGUGGAAUGCCCUCAAGCUUCUUGAUGCUUCGGAUGUUGACAACCCCAAAGCUUCGUCAGGAAUAGUUGAAAUUUACUCCUUGAGGGUUGUACCCAAGUCGUUAGCUGGAAAGCCUGAAGGAUGGAAUAGGGAGCAUCUAUGGCCUCGUUCUUAUGGGUUAAAAGAUGGUCCAUCCUUGACUGAUUUACACAACAUUCGCCCAGCAGAUGUGAAUGUCAAUUCAUCCAGGGGAAACAAAUACUACGGAGAAUGCGAUGUUUACUCAACUAAGUGUUUGAAGCCAGCAAACAAAGAAGCUGCUUUGGACACGGAAACUGACAAGGACAGAUGGGCACCACCUAAACAGCAUAGAGGAGAUAUUGCAAGGGCGCUGAUGUACAUGGCAGUAUGUUACGGGUUUCGUCAACCAGAUGGAGGCCCAGCUCUUCACCUUUCAGAUUCUCCAAAAAGUUCAGCAACUAGUGAGAUGGGACUACUUUCUACAUUGUUAAAGUGGAAUGAGAUUGACCCACCUUCAAGAGAAGAGAAGUUGAGAAAUGAAAGAGUCUGCAAGUUUUAUCAGCACAAUAGAAAUCCUUUUGUUGAUCAUCCAGAAUAUGCAAGUCUCAUAUGGGAAGAACGCAGUUCUCUUCGUCUUCCAAGGAGUCAUGAAAUUCACAACAAAAGACAGUUCAAGACAAGGAAACAUGAGCAGCCGAUCCUCAGUUGACGGGGUUCAAGCCUUCAAGGAAAGACAUGGUGGAAUUGCUAUGACAGGCACGAAACAAUUUUAGUUCAUAAGCCUUGCUUUAGGGGAUGGUAGCCAGAAAGGUUUUUUCCAUGGCCUGUGGUGCUGCGACGUGCGUGUCAAACUAUCAUUUCAUAAGUUUUAGGUGAAAUCCCUUGUUAUUAUUGUUACUGUUGUUUUAGCGUGGUCAUUACAUUUUCUCUUUUGCAGGUAGAUGGAUUGCCUGAACCACAUGAAUGCUUGCUUGUCCAUAGAAAAAAAACAGGAUUGUGAAUUGGUGAAUUGAGCCUGGACAAUAUAAUUAAACAUAACCCUUUAAGUUAUGAUUUUAGUUGUACACUUGAUAUCAUGUAUUUGCAGAAUAUGUGAAACCAUAAGAAAUUUUUACAUGGACCCUCCGUUGCUGCCUGUCAUUAUGUUGCUUAUACACUCUAGUCAUCCAAAAUAGGGAUCAAGAAUUUCGGGAUCACUUCAAUCCUUGUGAAUGUUAUGAUUUGCUAGUUGUACACAAUCAAUUGUUCAUUAAUCUGGUGGCACAAAUGUUAUGCCAUGCCAUGUAAGUACAAA